AGUUAAGGUGUCAAAAAUAUAUUUAAAGGUAUAUUAUUCCAUAGCUCAAUAGGUAUAGCUUGUUAAUCCUAAGAUCAUCAGCGAUGAUGUUUUCCAUUUAGCUACUUAAAUGGGUCCCACCAUUAUACAUAAUGUUGUUUGGGCCCAGACCCAGAAGAAGAUACAAACAAUGCAUUGUUGCCAGUGAAGUAAUCUUCGCUGACCCUUUUGAGAAUCCCUAUUCUCAAUGAUGGGAUUCUCGUUGGUAGUUCCGUUUGGUUCCGCUAUUGCGUUCAGAGCUACUCAUGAAACCAGAAUCAACUUCAACAAAUUAUUCUGCACAAAACAACACAACAACGUUACUCACACACCAAUUUUUGUAACCAAGCAAAAUUCAAUUGAGUUGGAUAUUGAUCGGAAAAGCCCAAAUCAGGUUAAAGAAGAGAUCAAACAAUGUUAUGAACUCAUAAACCGAUUAGGAAGAGGAAUUGUGUAUCUAGGUUCUUCUCGGAUGGGCUCGAGCCAUUCACAUUAUAUGCAAUCACAAGAAUUGGCAAAAGAGUUAGCAAAUCUUUUGGACUGCACUACAUGGUCAGGGGCUGGACCGGGAUUAAUGGAUGCUGUUACUCAAGGUGCUCUUCUGGCAGGGAAACCAGUUGGUGGAUUCAAGAUAGGAAGAGAAGCUGGAGAAUGGACAGCUUCCAACUUUCAUCCAUACUUACCAUCAGAAAGUUACCUUACCUGCAGGUUUUUCUCUGCAAGGAAGCACGGACUGGUCGAUGCCGUAGUGAGAAACAAUCCAUUCGAUAAAACUGCCGUUGUUGCACUUCCCGGUGGAAUUGGUACGCUAGAUGAGUUGUUUGAAAUGCUGGCAUUAAUUCAGCUAGAACGGAUCGGAUCAAAGCUUCCUGUUCCCUUCCUGUUGAUGAACUAUGAUUCAUUUUAUUCGAAACUGCUAGACUUUUUAGAUGUUUGUGAGGAUUGGGGAACUGUCUCUAAAGGAGAGGUUGCAUCAUUAUGGAAGGUUUGUAACAACAACUCAGAAGCUUUGGCUUACCUAGAAGAUUUCUACUGCAUUUCUUCCAAUGACACAAGUCAGAAGAAUGUAACUAAAUUGCAUAGCACGCCUGACUUACCUUCUUGAUAGUAAUUAUUUUCUUUAUCAACAAAGAUUGAAAAAUAAAUUAUUCUCCUAAAUUAUUGUAAUAACACCAAGCCUUAUGGUUGACUUUUGACAUGUGCAGUAGCAAGUGCUAAUCGCAUACAGAAUUCAGAUUCUUAUGUAGUCACAGUUGUAAUAUGCCUAGUGUUCAAAGGAAAUGAUUUGUCUAUAAAUUGUUAUUUCCAACUUUCAUGUCACAA